AAUCUCAAAAUAACACAAUGCCACAUACACGCAUUUUCUCUCUCCAACUUCCACUCUCACUUUCGCCUACAACCUCUUAUCCCGCCUCCUUUCCCUCUCCUCCAAACGCCGUCGACGGUGGAUUUCAUAUAUACACCGCCCACUUCUCCUCCCCCCCAAACCCUAACCCCUCUUUUCCAACAAACCAGCGGCAACUUGAGGAAAAGAUAUUCAUACGAAGAAUUACAUCUUCGACAAAGUUGCGGCGGCGGUGAUGGACUAAUUGAAGAAAAAGUCAAACGCCAAGUCGCAUUAUCUCUUCAUCUUCUUCCUCCUCCAACAAAACCACCGCGUUCUAGUUGUAUCACCGCCUCUAGUAGGCGCCAUCUUUUCCAACCACAUUUACUUCUCUGCCGCUGCUAUUCUCGGCAUUGAAGACAAUUUUCAGAUAAGUUCAAAUGGAGGGCACCGAGAUUUAUGGUAGGAGGGCUUGUCAGCUUGUGAAAGAGCUUGCCUGUGCCGAACCCGGGCAACUUACUCGAUUCAAUGAUGAUUUAUUUAAUCAAGUUAUUAAAGAAUGUACUGUGCACUACAGUCAAUUUUACGAACUUACUAGGAAAAUGCAGGAAGAAGGAUUAGAUGUCCAGUCAGCUAGAAACGCUGACCACUUUGGAAUGCUUAUCCAUCAUCUUUCCCUAUUACGCAACAAGCGCUGCCUAAUGGCAUAUGUGCAUAAACGAUCUGAAGUUAUACAAAACUUAAGCUGGAAAGUUGGGCGGGUGCUCCCUGAAGAAAUUGAGAACAAGCUAAGUGAUCCAGAAAAGCGUUACUUUAAGAGCCACUCUUCCGCUUUACAAUCGUAUAUGAGGGGGAUGGAUGGCCUUGAUUUGACCGUGGAUAUGGUGCCACCAAAAGAUCCCUACAUUAAAGUAAGGGUCCUUGAUGAUAUUGGGGUGACAGCAAUGGGAGACCGAGAUACCAACCUUGCACGGCACUCAAUCCACUUCCUUAAACGAAGUGAUGCUGAGCAUUACAUGUUUCAGGGAAUGAUGGAAGAACUCCUAGGCUGAUGCAACUGUGUAAUCUCAUCAUAUUUCAUGUUUGAAGCAUUCAGAUUUGAUUGCGUUGAAUGCAUAUUAGGGCAGAAGUGCUAGCAAAGCUGCCAGAGCAUCUGUGGUUCUGUAAACUCAGAUAUAUUCUGCUGUAUUCAUCUACUGUAACUAGUCUCUCCCUCUUAAAUAAAAAAUACGAAGUAUUAGUUAAACUUGUCUUACAGAAAUUGUAUUGAUUUAUUGUUUAAUGUCUGGUAAUAAUAUAGCCGAGGAUGUUAAUUUGAAGAAUGCUUUCUGCGUUCAUCAUCGAGGAGCUGUAGAUUUGUAAUGUUGUAGCCAAGGGACUAAGGUUUGCAUGACAUCUCAAAGUUAUUUUGAAGUUGCAACAUUCUUUUUAGCCAUGGCUGUAGACUGUAGUAGUGUGGACUUGGUAGCUUGAUGCAAAUGUAGGGGUGCACCUUUUUCAAGUUUCUAUGAAGAAAUUUUGAUCAA